UUGAUGAAUCUUAAAAAUGCAUAGGCAUUUUAGUGGGAUUAAAGCUUUCCAGAGAACAAAAACUGUGUUUGUGAUUUCAUUUGAGAUCUAGUAUUACUAUCUAUUAAUUUUUGUCAAUAAAAGAAAAUCCAUUGCUUUCUAGGUUUGUACUUUAGAAAGUGUAAGUUAAUUUCCAAGGAAGAUAUUACGCAUGAUACAAAGCUCUUCUGUUUGAUGCUGCCACCAAGCACUCAUCUUCAGGUGCCAAUUGGGCUACAUGUUUACCUCAAGCUCACUAUUACAGGUACAGAAAUAGUAAAGCCAUACACACCUGUAUCUGAUUCCUUACUCUCAAAGUUCAAAGAACCAAUUCUUCCCAAUAAUAAACGCAUCUAUUUUUUGAUCAAAAUCUAUCCUGCUGGACUCUUCACACCAGAGUUUGAUCAUCUUCAGAUUGGAGAUUUUGUUUCUGUAAGCAGUCCUGAGGGCAAUUUUAAAAUAUCCAAACUCCAAGAAUUAGAAGAUCUCUUUUUAUUGGCAGCUGGAACAGGCUUCACACCAAUGGUUAAAAUACUGAAUUAUGCUUUGACUAAUAUACCCAGUCUCAGGAAAGUGAAGUUGAUGUUCUUCAAUAAGACAGAGGAUGAUAUAAUUUGGAGAAGCCAAUUGGAAAAAUUAGCACUUAAAGAUGAAAGGUAUUGCAUUGGUAUUAACUCUAAAUUUAAAUAUUCAGAUCUGUGUAGUAAGUCUAGGCCUUACCUCCUUUGGUUUAAAGCUUUGAGUUGACCAGGAAACUUCUUCAAAGAAAAC